AUUUAUAAAAACUGCGCACAUCAUAUUUAUGCGGUAUGUGAUCAUUUAUUUCCUGUUGAUCAACAUUGAUUCCGAAAACAUUCAAUAAGUAUAGUUUGUUCAUUUAAUGUCUGAUUGUUAGGCGCACAUCUCAAUUAUACAAACUUUUGAGAAUGAGUUUAGUGAAAUUGAUUAACUCUACUUUCGCGAAGGCCCUAACUCGAAAUGGACCAGCAUUAUGCCUUUCUCGUGCCUCGUCCCAUUUUGUGUACACUCCCGAUCAGAAGGCUCCCGUAGGCGGACCAACCCAAAAGAUGAACAUGUUCCAGGCCAUUAACAAUGCAAUGGAUUUGGCGCUCGGGCGAGACGAUACCGCUCUGGUAUUUGGCGAAGACGUUGCAUUCGGUGGUGUGUUCCGCUGUUCGAUGGGAUUACAGAAGAAAUACGGAAAGGAUCGUGUUUUCAAUACACCACUUUGUGAGCAGGGUAUAGCCGGAUUCGCUAUUGGCAUAGCCAAUACGGGAGCGACCGCUAUUGCCGAGAUGCAAUUUGCAGAUUAUAUUUUUCCUGCGUUCGAUCAAAUCGUGAACGAGGCGGCAAAAUGUCGCUACCGCAGUGGAAAUCUGUUCGAUUGCGGUUCGCUAACGUUUAGAGCACCAUGUGGGGCGGUAGGACACGGAGCUUGCUACCAUUCACAGAGUCCCGAAGCGUAUUUUGCGCAUACGCCCGGAUUAAAGGUGGUUGUACCACGCGGUCCGAAUAAAGCAAAAGGACUGCUCCUGGCUUGUAUCAAAGAGAAAGAUCCAUGCAUCGUGUUCGAACCGAAGACAUUAUACCGAGCUGCUGUAGAAGAGGUUCCGGUUGCCGCGUUCGAAUCUCCACUUGGGAAGGCGGAUGUUUUGAGAACUGGCAGCGACGUAACACUGAUUGGCUGGGGGACACAGAUUCAUGUGUUGAAAGAGGUGGCUGAUAUGGCAAAACAACAGUAUGGAGUGAACUGCGAAGUUAUCGACUUGGUGUCUAUUCUGCCAUGGGAUAAGGAGACAAUUUGCAUCUCGGCAAAGAAAACAGGUCGCGUACUGAUUGCCCAUGAGGCACCACUGACCAGUGGUUUCGGAGCGGAGCUGGCGGCCACCAUCCAGGAGGAAUGUUUCCUUCAUCUGGAAGCCCCCGUUGCGCGAGUUACCGGCUGGGAUACCCCCUUCCCGCACGUGUUCGAGCCGUUCUACAUCCCUGAUAAAUUUCGCUGCCUAGCGGGAGUUAAGAAACUCAUUGAUUACUGAAGAACAUCCACCAGCUAAAGCUCAACUACAAAUAUCUUCCAGGGGUGGAAGAAGUGAAACUUUUUCCAUUUGAAACGGUCUGAAAUUUGAUGGAACUUGAAUGCAUUUAUUAGUUUUAUCGCGAAUAUGAUUCGCA